AGAGAUUCUAUCCAUUCCGAGGAGCGAAGUGUGUGCUGGUAGUUCUUGACCCUCCCGAAGAACCCCGAAAGUCGCACGCUUCGUACCAGUCGAAGUACCACCACGACGCUGCACACGAAGCUUCUCGUUUCCAUUUUGGAUACCUCGACCUACUAAUUUUUGCUUUCAGCAGGAGCUUUUGGUUAAAAAUAGAAGUUUCCACCGUUUCAGCAACUUUAUACAGCCCCUGUAGUUCAAGAAUUUCAACGAGCAACAGAGACAAUGUCUGCUACCGGUUCCGAGCCCAAUUCCGACGGCGACGGCGCCUCGUGGUACGCGCGGAUCAUGGUGCUCCUGCUGGAGCUGCUCGACGUCCUUCUUGCCCGCAUCGAGCGGGUCAUGGACGGUGACGUAGACGAGAUGUGGACGCUCACGUACACCAUUGGACUCUGGCUGGUCUGCCGAUGGAUCUCCAACGGAUGCAAGACCGGGGGAAAUAAUAACCAACCGCCGCAGCAGCCGGGAAAUAAUGCAAAUAUGGUGAACAGCCCAGUGCAGGGAACCACGUCCAUGACUGGCGCAACUGCUGAUGCGACCGAAACACCUCGCCCCGGAUCCUCACCUGCGACCACAAACGCCGACGGCACAGCGGCCGUUCUUUCAGGCGCUGAGGACCCGCCACCUACUGCGGGCGGCGAUCUUUCCCCGGCGUCGCGCGAGCGAAUACGGAGCGGACAGCUCCGAAAGCGAAAAGACGUGAAGCACGCGUACCUGCAGUUUUUCUGUGGCGGCUUCUUGACCGGUGCACACCACAUCUACCUGGAAGACCCCAUGUGGGCAACGCUGCACCAGUGGACAAUUGGGUUCUUAUCCCUCGGGAUCUACGUCGAUCUGCUCUUCAUCCCGUACUACGUAAAACAGUUCAACGACAAAAAUGUGCACCCGAGCGCGCCCCUCGGCGCAGAGGCGGACAGGUACGCGGCCGCCGGGAGGACCUGCUGCGGCCCGCAAGGGUGCUGCAGAGCGUUUCUGUGGGGUGGUAAAAGCUGUUUUUGUGUGGGUUGAUAAAUGUCUUCAUUUCUGCGCUACGGUUACGGUAUAAUUGCAUUGUUCCUGAGUACGGUACUUACGUGGGCACACGUACGCGCUGUGGCUGUCUUACUGCAGUAAGCCUUAACUUUCUUAAAUUUUUUCCAAAAACGUCAGCAUGUUAUAAAACGCAAACCUUCCUCCACUCACAGUCACCUCCCGUCUGUUCACCGUGAUCGCUUUUCUCGCACUCAUCGUGUACCUGCCCUACAUCUACGAGUUCCUGUCCGGCUACGACGUUUCCGAAGGCGCCGACCAAGACCCCUACCGACUGCUCGGGAUCAGCCGCACCGCCAGUGCGGACGAGGUGAAGCAGGCCUUUCGCAAAAUGUCGCUGAAACUCCACCCGGAUCGGAAUCCGGAUUGUGAAGAUUGCUCGCGGAAGAUGGCGGAGCUGAACCAGGCGCACCAGGCAAUCAAGAAGUACAGCAACCGGAGGAGCGGCGAUGCGGACGACGGGGGCACGUUUUGGGAAAUGGUCCAGGACGGCUGGGAGUGGAACGGGCCGUGGAUCACAGAGCCAGGAUCAGGUAUAUGUACAGCACUCAGAAUGAUUUUUACUUUUAAAUAACUUUUUCGAGUAAGAAGGAGUUGACCGACGACCGCUGAAUUGACGUUUUGCGUUCCAAUCUCUGCCCCCCUAGAAUCGUCUUCCACAAGCCCACGACCCCAGAUUCAUGUAUACCCUCAACCAAGACAAUGAAAAAUCCUACACAGAUCGCAACGACGGGUUUUUCGAGACGCACAAGUAUUUCGUGAAACUGGAGGAGAAGUGGGCCAGCUUCCUGACCGCGAUGAGCGGGAAAUUUGACCACUACGUUGCUUGGAUGGAGGAGUCCGGGAGCUUCAAAUUCUCGGAUCUGGCACGCUUCUGGUCUUCCUCCAACAACAAAGCUUCCCCGAAAAGAAAAAACACGGACAAGCAUGCGAAGGCGAGUUACAAACCUUACCACAGCCAGAAAUCUACUUCAAGCAAGAAGAAAAAGAAACAGAGUUCGGCUACAACGAAGAAACCAAAGCAGAAAAAUAAACCGAGAACAACAACCGCCAGUCCAGUGCAGGAAGAGGACGAGGAACACGAGCACGAACAGGAACAGUACUAUGAAGAACACGACGAGAUGAAUUCCUCUUACCCGCCACAUGAAGAAGAUGAAGAUGACUCUUUCAGUUCUAAGAGUUCUUUCGUCGGCGGCGCGGCAAUGCACGACAAAGACCCCGAAGACUACAAUUUUGAAGAGGACUGGAACGGGGUGGAUUUUUUCGAAUGGUUUCUGGAAAUGAUGAAGGAAGAAGAAUCGAAGCAGCGGAAGGAGGAAAUGGAAAAACACUUGCGGGAAAGCAAGAAGCCGGGUUACAAAAUGAACAACCAUUUCCCGGCGCGGGAGGAGGACGAGGAAAAUUCGAACGGCCCUCCGGUGGAUCAUGAAGUAGAACCUGCUGGUGCGACGUUCCCAAAUUCAAACCUCGAAGCCGGGGAGGCAGGAGCAGAACCAGCACCUUCGCUGGACGAAGAUGCAGUACCGCAGACGGUGACCAAAUCUCAACGAGUAAACAGUGCGUCUGUCAAGUCGGAAAAUUAUGAGCCGCCACCUCGAGUUGUUGGAAAAGAAAUGCCAACAGAAACAAGUAAAACUCCACCUCGAACUGCAAGUACAACGACGGCGCCUCCACCUGUCAGAAAUAAAGUUGUACCCCCUGCUCGUUCAUCUGCCGCAAAGACGAAAACCACAACCACUAGCAAAAUCCCGACGAUUGACAUCCACGUCGACCCGCUUUUUCCGGACGGGGCUUUCGACAGCGAGUCUAGUUCACCGGCGGAUCUGUUUCCGGACGGGGUUUUUGACAGCAGCGGCGAGUCGUCCUCUUCUGCCCCAAAUUUGUUUCCGAGCGGGGCGUUCGAUAGUGAUUCCCCAUCCCCUCCUAAUCUCUUCCCCGAGGGCGCGUUCGACAGUAACUCACCUCCCGCGGGCGAGCUGUGACGAACAAGCUGGGAAUAAAGUACUAAACACCUGCGGAUCGAAUAUUUUGCUGAGAAUAGAGCGGAGCCGGCGUAGUUUUUACGUGCAUUAAUAAGUAUUUAUUUGUGUGUCGAGGAUAACUUAACUUUGCAUUGCUGCUAGCGAUUAGAGGACAAAUUCCUAUUUCUAAACUCGCCUUAUUGGGCAGAAUUUCCUGCGUGUCGCUGCGCCGUAAGUACUCCUUGCUGCGGCAGUCGACAUGACCAGCGCAUAGAUACAUAGGAAACGGUCUGCACCAACAGCCGCAGUGCGCCCGCACGAAUUACUUCGACUUUGGAUGAUGAAACAAACUUCCGCCGUGGAGGAAGUAUGCCUGUUUCCUAUUCUCCACAAUAUUCGGUAUGCGACCACCA